GUGGCAAUAUGGCUGUAGCUUUCGAGUUUUACUGGUAGUGCGCGGUGCUCUAAUCAUUUUCAAUAUAGAACGAAGUAUUUCCGACGGAUCAAAAGUUUCAUUUUUAAUUUUUUUGUGAUUACUGUAUCUGCUUACUCUGUUUUUGCCAAAGUUGUGUAGGGAUUUUCUAAAAUUUUCAAUCCGUCGUCACCAGAAUUCACGCGACGACAAAAUGGCGUCGCUUGACAAGAUUUUGCAGCGAAUUAUAAUUUUCAAUUUUAUUGGCUUAUCAUAAAAUUAUAUUUAAAAAUGUCACAACAAGUGUUCCAAUGUUUUUAUAUUAAAUGAAUUGAAUACUUUUUAUUUAUUUCUAUCUGCAAUUAAUUGAGAUAUAGUGCAAUCAGUAGAAUUUCAACAAAAUGCUCUUGAAGGGCUCAAUGAAUGAAUCUGGAAGUGAUUCUAUGAGCGAGAAAGGAGAGAAGAGUGAUUCUAGUGGUUCAGGCUCAGGCAGUGAGAGUGACAGUGGUUCUAGUUCUUCUGGAUCAGGGUCAGCUGGCAGAUCAGGAUCUGAAAAAUCUUCCAAUGCAGACAGGUCACAUCUUAGUGAUGACACAAAAUCUUCACCAAAACACAGUAAUGCCAAUUCUUCCAAAUCUGAUCAUCAUACUGAUAAAGAUUCUUCAGAUGACUCAAUAUCAAAACGGAAGUCAAGAAAUAAUCAUGGAAAGGUGAAAUCAGAUCUCUGGGAAGAUAAUCCUGAUAUAUAUGGCAUAAGGAGAUCAGCUCGGUCAAGAAAAGAACCAGAUCGACUGAAACUUGCAGAUAGUGACUCAAGUGAGCGAGGACGAAGUCAUAAUAGAAAAAGUAGAAAAAAAAGCAACUCAUGGAAUUCAGAUACCUCCGAUAGUGAUAGUGAUAUGAAGGGUUCACCACCUCCACCUUCUAAACGACCAGGCCAAAGAAACGUACCUCUAAGAAAAAAGAAACCAUCAAGAAGAAGAAGAUUUACCAGUGAUGAAGAUGAAAGUACAGAAGCAUCUGAUGAAGAAACUAGGAGUCGCGCAGCAACACGGCGAACUGGAGCUGCUGUCAGUUACAAAGAAGCCAGUGAUGAACAAACUGACUCUUCAGACUUAUUGGAAGUCGAAGGGGAGGGAGAAGUUGAACCUGAACCUGAAGAUCAUAGUGAGACUAUUGAAAGGGUUCUUGGUCACAGACGAGGAAAGAAAGGAGUCACUGGAAAUGUGACUACAGUUUACUAUAUAGAAGAGCAUGGUGAUCCCAAUGAAGGUUGUAAUCCUGAUGAUGAAGAAAACACUGAACCGCAGUACCUGAUUAAAUGGAAAGGAUGGUCUCAUAUACAUAAUACAUGGGAAUCUGAGAAAACAAUCAGUGAACAAAAAGUUAAAGGGCUUAAAAAGUUAGAAAACUAUAUAAAGAAAGAAGCUGAACUUUCGUGGUGGAGGCAACAAGCUGGCCCUGAAGAUAUUGAUUACUUUGAAUGUCAAUCUGAAUUACAGCAAGAAUUGGUGAAGACCUACAAUUUUGUAGAAAGGAUAUUUGCUGAACAAACGAGACAGUUGGAAGGUGGUGGAACAGCUCAUGAAUACUUUUGCAAAUGGGAGUCAUUACCAUAUGCAGACUCAACAUGGGAAGAUUCUUCUCUAAUAGAAAAAAGGUGGCCUGCAGAAGUAGAAACAUUUAAAAGUAGGGAAGCUGCUAAAACAACUCCAUCCAGACAUUGUCCUGUUUUAAAACGACGGCCGAAAUUCCACCAAGUAAAAGAACAACCCGAGUAUAUGGGAAAAGAUCAGUCUUUUAUAUUGAGAGAUUAUCAAAUGGAUGGAUUAAAUUGGUUGAUACAUUCCUGGUGUAAAGAUAAUUCUGUCAUUCUAGCUGACGAAAUGGGAUUAGGCAAAACUAUACAGACAAUAUGUUUCUUGUAUUAUUUAUUUAAAUCGCAACAACUAUAUGGGCCAUUCCUUUGUGUGGUGCCUUUAAGUACAAUGACAGCAUGGCAAAGAGAAUUUACGCAAUGGGCACCUGAUAUUAACGUUGUGACUUAUAUUGGUGAUGUAACUAGCAGAAAUAUUAUCAGACAAUUUGAAUGGAGUUUCGCCAGUUCAAAAAGAUUAAAAUUCAAUGCAAUAUUAACUACUUAUGAGAUAUUAUUAAAAGAUAGACAAUUUCUGAGGUCUUUUAGCUGGGCUUGUCUGUUAGUUGAUGAAGCACACAGGUUAAAAAAUGAUGAUUCACUUUUGUAUAAAGCCUUGAAGGAAUUUGAUACAAAUCAUAGAUUACUGGUUACUGGGACACCAUUACAGAAUUCCUUAAAGGAGUUAUGGGCACUGCUACAUUUUAUAAUGCCAUACAAAUUUGAAUCUUGGGAAGAAUUUGAGAAAGAUCAUGAAGAUGCCGCAACUAAAGGAUAUGAAAAACUACAUAAACAAUUGGAACCUUUUAUAUUAAGGAGACAAAAAAAAGAUGUAGAGAAAUCUUUACCUGCAAAAGUAGAACAGAUCUUAAGGGUGGAAAUGACUUCCAUACAAAAACAAUAUUACAAAUGGAUUCUUACAAAAAACUACAGUGCAUUGCGAAAAGGUGUAAAGGGCUCAAUAAAUACAUUUAUUAAUAUUGUGAUAGAACUGAAAAAAUGUUGUAAUCAUGCACUCCUGACAAAACCUGAAGAUUUUGAAUCAAGAGCAUCUCUUGCUACUACAGAUGCUGUUGAGAAACUUCUAAGAGGCUCUGGGAAACUGCUUUUAUUAGAUAAAUUAUUAUGCAGGCUAAAAGAAACUGGCCAUAGAGUGCUUAUAUUUUCUCAAAUGGUAAGAAUGUUGGAUAUACUUGCUGAAUAUUUACAAAGGCGUCACUUUCCAUUCCAACGUUUGGAUGGAAGCAUAAAAGGAGAAAUAAGAAAGCAGGCUCUUGAUCAUUUUAAUGCUGAAGGUUCGCAAGAUUUCUGCUUUUUGUUAUCUACACGAGCAGGUGGCCUCGGUAUUAACUUGGCAACUGCAGAUACUGUGAUAAUAUUUGAUUCUGAUUGGAAUCCACAAAAUGACCUACAAGCACAAGCUCGCGCUCAUCGUAUUGGUCAAAAAAAUCAGGUAAAUAUUUAUCGAUUGGUAACUGCCAGGUCUGUAGAAGAAGAUAUAGUAGAAAGAGCUAAAAGAAAAAUGGUUCUUGACCAUUUGGUCAUUCAGAGAAUGGACACUACAGGCCGAACUGUCCUUAAUAAAAGAGAUGCCUCUGCCACAAGUGCAAAUAACCCUUUUAACAAGGAAGAUUUAAAUGCAAUUUUAAAAUUUGGUGCAGAGGAGUUGUUUAAAGAUGAUGAUGAAAAUGAUGAGGAUCCCGUCUGCGAUAUAGAUGAAAUUUUGCAAAGAGCAGAGACUAGGGAUGAAGGACCCACAAUGGCAGGGGAUGAACUACUUUCUGCUUUUAAAGUUGCUAGUUUUGCGUUUGAUGAAGAAAAAGCUGUAAUGGAAGUGAAAAAAGAAAGUAUUGAAGAGGAAGGUAAAGAUUGGGAUGACAUUAUACCAGAAAAUGUUAGGAAAACUAUAGCUGAACAAGAAAAGAAUAAGGAAAUGGAGGAUUUGUACUUACCACCUAGAAGAAAGAAUAUGCAGCAAAACAAUGCUGACGAUAGAGGUGGCCGCAAACGUCGCGGUCGCAGUGGUGGGGACGGUGGGGACGGCGGUGACGGAGCUGAUGGUGAGGGUGACGUUGACAGUGACAUAUCCGAUGCCGAUGUUAGCGUUGAUGACGACCGACCCAGGAAGCGAGGUCGUCCUCCUGCCUCGCACAGGGAAAAGAUUAAGGGAUUUACGGAUCAGGAGAUUCGUAGGUUUGUGAAAAGCUUUAAGAAGUUUUCUGCACCUUUAAAGCAUCUUGAUAGCAUAGCUUGUGAUGCUGAGCUUCAGGAAAAACCAUUAGCUGACCUCAAAAAAUUGGGAGAGAUUCUUCAAGAGAGAUGUAAAGCUGUAUUAAAUGAUACCACUGAAUCCACUAAUGAGCAUAACGAUGGCCGCAAAAACGCAAGAAAGACUUUUAAGCUUGGUGGUGUUCCUGUCAAUGCAAAAACGAUGGCAGCCUGUCAGGAUGAACUUGCACCUUUAGAUGAUUUCUUACCACAAACUAAAGAAGAAAGACUUAAAUGGCUAUUAGAUUUCAGGACAAGGCCGGCCAAUUUCGAUAUUGAAUGGGGCGUUGAGGAUGAUUCUAAGUUAUUAGCAGGUAUUUAUCAGUAUGGGAUGGGUUCUUGGGAAGCAAUUAAAAUGGACUCAUCAUUUGUUAUUGGUGAUAAAAUUCUUACAAAUGAGGACAAGAAACCACAGGCAAAGCAUUUACAAUCUAGAGCCGAAUAUUUAUUAAAACUAAUCAAAAAGUUGCUUGAUCAAAAAAACGGAAAACAAAAACAAAGAAAACCAAGAAUGAAGAAAGGUGCAAAAGAGCCUGUAACAAAAGACACUGUGGAUGAAGAUAUGAGUUCAGGCAAUGAGAGCAAAAAAGGAAAUAAAAAUGCAAAGAAUGAUAAAGGAGAAAAGGGCAAAUCAAAAUUGGAGGAUAUUUUAACUCAUGAUGAAACCUCCAAUGACAGAAAAGAAAAGGAUAAGAAGCGCACACGAAAAGAGGGUAAAGAUCGACCCAAAAAUGAUAAAAUUAAGGGUCGUAAAAAGCCUGCUGGCCCUAUGCAUUUCACUGCUAAUAAUGAGCCAAGAGCUUUAGAGGUUUUAGGUGAUUUAGAUCCAUCAGUAUUUGAGGAAUGUAAAGAAAAAAUGAGACCAGUUAAAAAAGCUCUUCGUGCCCUUGAUAAUCCAGACCAAACUCUCUCAGAAACAGAACAAGUAUCCCGAACAAGAGCUUGUCUGACACAAAUAGGAAAUCAAAUAGACAUAUGUUUAUCUGAAUACCCAGAUCCUGAAAAAAAAGUUGAAUGGAGGAGUAAUCUCUGGUAUUUUGUGUCAAAAUUUACCAAUUUUGAUGCUAAGCAGUUGUACCGGCUAUAUAAAUAUGGUCUGAAGAAAACUGUAGAUGGUAAAAAGGAUGGAAAACACAAAGAAAACAAGUUAAGUGCUAAAAACAAUAUACAUAGCUCAAAUAAUCAUGUAAAAUCAUAUAAAAAAGAGGCCAAAAAUGACGAAAAUAAUCGAAAAGAGAAAAGAUCAAAGAUAGAAAAAGACAAAAUAGAUAAAAAUAAUGAAAAGAUACCUCACGCAUCUGGGGUAAAAAGAAAACUAGAGGAGGGUGAAUGUGACCCCGAUCCGACAGAAAACAAACGACACGAGAGACAUAAACACAAACAAAAGGAACGCAGAGAUAGGGAAGGGAGCCUGAAGCAGGACAAUUUGAUGUACAGAGAGCGGAGCCGGACGGAGCGAGAGAGAGAGCGAGACCGAGAUCGAGACCGUGAGCGCGAUCGCGAUCGAGAUCGAGAUCGUGACAGGGAAAGAGAUCGAGAUCGAGAUCGCGAUCGCGAUCGUGAUCGGGAUCGCUCUCGUACGCGAAGAGACAGCGGUGGAGUUGGCCCACCGCGUGUGCGUCCGCCUUAUGCGCCCCACGCGCAUGGCGACCACGCUGCGCACCCGUCGCAUCCGGCGCACCCUGCCUGGACGCCGCCCGCCUAUCCGGGUCCUCGUCAGUACCGUGGAGGUGAUCGCAACGGUCGGCCACAUGAUAAGAGAAGGUUUGGAGGAUAUGCAGCGAUGCAAGGUCCCUACAGUGGAUAUUACGAAGGUACGGCGAUGGCUGGAGGGAUGGGUUUCCCUCCUGUACGUCCAUACCCGGACGAGUGGCGCGGUUACACACCGCAGUCGGACUACGCAUAUGACGAGCGAGAUUAUGAGCGCGAAGUCUAUAGAAGAGAUUAUGAUCGGCGGGCUCCACCGACUUAGUAAGCUCAUCGAUUGAGCUGUGAAUGUUCUCUGUAAAUAUAGUGAUAAUGAUAAAAAUAAAUAUGUAAAUAGUCAAUAGAUAUAGAUCUCUUUCCGUGGACGCUGAUUUAGACGUAAAGUGUAAGUGACAAAUAGUGCUGUGGUUUUUAUCUAUGUGAUAAGCGAAGAGCGUCAUCGAUUUUGACUUUGAGACAUUUAACAAUAUUGUAACCGUGUUUUAUAAGUGAGACUGUAUAGUAAAUUUAUUUAUUUCCAAGUCUGUCGAUUAUUUGUUAGUGUACAGUUUUAGACAAUAUUAUUUUUACAUUAUUUCAAUUUGUUGCCAAUUUUACCGGUUUUAAAUAGUAAUAUCUUAAUCAGAUAUUUCUUGAUUUUCUAUUAAUUUAAUGCCAAUUUUAGGUAUUUAUUUGUCAACGACAGGUGGUGAUAUGCGUAUAUGAUAGUCAAUGUACAAAAUUCAGCGAUUUGCGUAUAAAUAAAAUCAUGUGCAGUUCAGAACAUUGUGUAUAGCUUAGAAUGGCACAUCAAUAUUGUCAUUGCAUUUUGGCAGUGUAUAGGAAAGAGUUCAUUGUAUUUCCUUUCUCAUUAAACAUGCAUUUCUGAGUCCAAGCGGGAUUCGUACAGUCCUAUUUUUAUACAUAUGUAAAAUCUUAUUCUCUGUUACAUGCAAUUGAGUGUAAUAAGAGUGGAAGCGUCUUGGUAUAAACCAUGAUAAAUAAACAUAUUAUUAAAAGUUGA